ACCUUCAAUCUUACAGACUAAUUGGGAAGCGCUGAUGGUGCUGUCGGCGGCUACUGGCACAUGCAUCGACUUUUGAAGCUAUCUGUUUGAGCGAGUUUAUCCAAGUCCUCCUCUCUGAGUUUCGCAACGUUUGCUCCUACGUUUCUUUCAAGGAUGCUGUGCAAUGAGAAUAGUCAGCCCUUAGGCUUGAUUAAUCCCGGAAGAUGUGAAGUUAAGUCGCUGAACACCGCAUGAGGACCCGUCUUCACGGCAGCAGUGCUCCCCGACGAGGUCGGCACACCGAUUGCAUUGUUGGUGUAUGCGAGGCUACCCGGCAGGUGAAAUUUAUAAAAGCUGGGGAAUAUCAAUUUUCUGGAAUGUAUCAGCUUCCUCCUAACCAAACGACAUGAGACUUCUUCUAACAGGUGCCACUGGCGUCGCUGGCCUCAGCAUAUACCGUGCAGCACUGUCCGACCCUGCUGUAACAAGUAUCACUCUUCUACUUCGUCGUUCAUUCCCGGAAUGGGCUGUCCUUCCUCCCAAUGCCACCGAGAAGACCCAGACCAUCAUUCACUCUGACUAUGUUUCCUAUUCACCGGACCUUGCAUCGAGUCUGGCUCAACACGAUGCGUGUAUCUGGGCGAUGGGGAAGGCUUCCUCAGGCAUGUCAGAGGCUGACUACACUCGACUGACCUAUGACUACCCUAUGGCGUUCAUCAAGGCAUUGAGAGAUGCAGGUGCGGGUGCUGAGCGCAAAAAGGGUGAAGAGUUCAGGUUGGUUUAUAUUAGUGGGGAGAUGGCGGACCCUACGCAGACCAGUCGGCAAAUGUGGGCUAGAGUAAAGGCCGAGCCGAGAACGAUCUCACUGCAUUCGCUGAUAACACGCCAGGGUUUGCGAUGCAUAUCUUGCGUCCUGGGUACUUUUUCCCUUCAAAGGACUACCCAGCAGAUCGUACAAACCAACGUGGAACUGUGGCCCAUUAUGUUGACCGUGCCAUGGCACCGAUAUACUCCACGGUAUUACCCUCCUUUUACACGCCCAUUGACACUCUGGCUACAGUCGGGGUCGAGGUCGCCAAGGGUCAUUGGAAGGACGUUGUUUUAUUCAGGAACAAACUCAUACGAGAGUUAAGGGGUCAAAGUUGAUCUGGGCCUCAUCCUUCUGCUCGCUGUAAUACGAUACCCGUCACGUUAUGCUCGUCACUUUUGUGAAUCAUGUCCCACUCAACUUUUUAGAUGACUAACGGUGCAUUGUAUAAGAGAGGUGAGGAUUCGAGCACUCGUUGCUACUGUUUUCGCUACCGGUGUUACGAUGAAUUGAAAGGUACGCGGGCAGGUACGUCGGCAGAUACGUGGUUUGGUGCGGUUCUCUGACGACCGUCUGGUCUAUCCGUCAAGCCUCGUUAUAUGCACAUGUACGAAGUGUCUCUGCAGCCGCACCACGGGAAAAAGGCGUGUGGACUACGCAUUCCGAUUAUGGUGACUAGCACCUUUGGGUGAAGAAGGUUGACGUUUCAUACUACUAGGCUCAUAGUAGCAUCUUCCUUUUUCCACGUUUCGCUUUUCUUCAGGUCUAUUCAGGUCUAUGGUUGAAGAUGUGUUGUCAAACGAAAGAUAAUGCUACGCUUGAAACAUC